AUGACCUUUUUCAAGUCUGCAGAUGUAGAGGCUAGAGAUCCUGAGGUCAAGCAGGAGAGGUCUGAAGGAGAGGACCCACGACACAGAAGAGACAUCGAGAUUGGGACGCCCCCUGUAGCCACGGAGAACCGCACUGCCACGCCCCAACCCAGGACCUGCCGCAGCAUCACGGAGGAGGAGGGUCCAGAUGUGCUGCUGGUGAAGGAGGAGGGGUGUGAGGAGGGUCUGGGGAACCCUGAGGGUCCCAUGAUCACGGAGGACAACCAGACUACACCUCUUGAACCCACAGAGGAACCAGCUGAGCAGCACAGGACCACACACAGUCUCACUGAGUUAGUAGACAUGGAGGAUGGGAAGCCUCAUCUGCUGCUGGUCAAAGAGGAGACAAUAGAAGACGAACCAGAGAGCAUUGAUCUGCUCAGUGGACUAAAGAUCUGGGAGCAAGGUGGUUGGCUGGAGGCUAACAGAGGAGACUGGACAUCCAUCUUAGAUUUCCAGACCCAGACCGGUGCAGCCAAAUGCCCAGGGCAUGAUAUCACUGAGCAGGACAGGACUAGAGGCAACAUAGUGGAGGUCAGUGGAUGGGACAGCGUCUUCAACUCUGGGCUGGGGAACAACACUGUUCAGCACAGCCAGAAACAGACUGUCGAACAUAAAACAACAAACAAACUUAGUGUCCAUGACAACAGACUGGCUGAGACCAGGGCGAGGCGUAGAUUUGGUCUGCAGGGUCGGGGAGGUGUCCGUAUGCGACGGGAGAGAACAGACAUAGACUUGGCUAGUGAUGCUCCGUCCUGCUCCUAUAGUUGUGAUUCAGAGAGACUGAUGGGGCCUCAGGUUAACCCCCUAACAGGUGCUGCCUUCAGUCUGCCUUCUAUAGGAUCUAUCAACUGGAACAUGGACCCUCAGACAACACAGACUCUCCCUGGCCUUCAUCCUCCUCACAAUUUCCUAAUGUUAAACCAGAACUCAGACAAUGCCUCAACAAGCCCACUGACAAAUGACAGUAGAGAUGUAAUCAGUAAAGGUGGCAGGGCCAAAGAGAAGCGCUUCCCGUGCUCGUUCUGUGGGAAAGCCUUCAGUUUCCCCAAACAGGUGGAGAUCCACCAUAGGAUGCACACGGGGGAGAAACCAUUCAGCUGCCACCUGUGCCAGGCUAGUUUUUCCGACUCUUCCAACCUGAAGAGGCACCAGAGAAUGCACACGGGGGAGAAACCGUUCGGCUGCCACCUGUGCCAGGCUAGUUUCUCCCACUCAUUCAACCUGAAAAGGCACCAGAGGGUCCACACAGGAGAGAAAUCAAACAGCUUCCCCAGUUUUGGAAGCGGUUCUCCCACCAGCACCAGCUGAAGAUGUACCUGAAGGUCCACACGGGAGAGAGACCGUUCGCCUGCACACACUGCGGGAAGAGGUUCUCAGAGAGGAGCAACCGCAGAAUACACCAGCAGAAAAUGCACACGGCCCAUGUAUAGAGUCUAGUGACAUGUAGUAGUACUAGUUUGUUUGUAGUUACUUCUGUUGGUUUUGGGUGUAGUAGGGAACUGGAUGAGGUGAACUGAGGAAAGAAUGAGUAUGAUGAGGCAGAGUAGAUGGUUGGUGUGAUGGUGUCUGUAAAAGUGCUUAAUUGAUGGGUCCAACCCUAACUGAUUGUCACUUUAGGUUGAUACUGGUAUUUUAUAGUGAGAUAAUGAGUGCCUUAAUUCACAUUUACUUGACAUAAAAUAGUGAAGUUGUGUGUAAUGUUGAACCUUUUCCAAAGUAUUCAAACAUGUAUUUUAUUAAAGUGAGGGUACCAGAUUUACAUCAAAGGUAAGGUGUUAGUGAAAAGUAUCAUGUAUUGUUUUGUGCAAUAAAAGUACUGUACUUGUUAUGUGAGUGUAUGAUCAUUUUGUUGAAAUUAAAUGCAAAAUUGACUCUGUG